AUAAACGCUCUACUAUAUAAACAGCCGAGGCGGCUUUUUCGCCACGCUUAAAUUUUGGUUUUCCGGUAGCUUCCGGAAGAAUUUGACGUGCCAAUUCUUUUUCGCAGAAUACGAGAGACAUGGCUGGCGGGAAUUUCAUGCAUAGAGUGAUUUCUUACUUUGUCAAUGAGGUUGUCGUCAAUGGUCUUGCUAACAGUCCUGCAUUCCAGAGAUUUGCAGUGAGGACUUCUAGGAAGAUGGAGGAUAUCUCAAGCAUUGCUGAGAAGAAGAGGCGAGAAAUUGCAGAACAAUUGAAAGACAUGUCGAAGAAUAUGGAUUCCUUUAAGAACCAAUGAUGCAAGUGUGGUAGCCACCGUCUUGUGUUCCAUGUGUAGACGCUAAGAUGCCAAUUGGAAGCUAGAGAUUUGUAAAUUAAGGGAUGCCACUACUAUGCUGGCUAUUAACUUGAUAAAUUUAUGUGGUGUUGAAAGUUAUCACUUGUAGCUUGUGUUUUGGGGAUUGGGUUAUUAUGGUUCAGUAUACUAUAGGGCUUUUGAUGUUUUUCCGGCUAGAUAUUCUUCCCGAUUGACCGUUGGUAGCUUGUCUAACGCCCAUUAGAAGCAGAGUGUGCUAAAUACAGAUUGUAUCUAUUUGUAUCUUCUGUCCAAUUAUGUGAUUCUAGAGUCCUGGAGAGCACAUGAAACAAGUGUUCAGUCAUAAUCUAGUGCAAUGCCAACAAACAAUCCAUUUAUGAAAUUAUGAUGGAAGAGAAAUGUUCUUGUUAGUUGAUUAUUUAAAUAAACAAUUUUUGAGCGCA